ACGCGAACAAAGUGGGGAAAACACGCGAGAGACAAAUCCAAAUCCAAAUCCACACACCGCCAGCCACCUCCCACCGCCCACCGCCGCGCUCCUUCCCCAGCUCCUCCGCCGCCCCUAGCUAGCUCCCGGCAGAGAUCCGAUGGACUGCGACGCGGCGUCCGCGGCGGGGGACGACCCCAUGGACUUCUCCUGGACCGCGGGGUGGGAGGCGGGGGGCGCGGCCGCCCGCGCCAGCCCCGACACCGCCGACGCGCCCCAGCCGCCGCCGCCGCCGGCCGCUUCCCCGCAGGAGGAGGCGGAGUCCAUGAUCCUGGCGUCCGGGCCGCGCGUCGCCGUGGCCGGGCUCAGGCGGGCCGACUGCCGCGCAGAUGAAUGCGUCAUGUUCAUCAACGCCGGCGGAUGCGCGAUGGAACCCGCCGACACCUCCACACUGUUCUCUGCCGAUUCCUUCUUCGAAGGAGGGGACGCAAUAGAGACGUCCGAGGACAUAGCUGAAGGCGGCGACUACCCCUCGCUUUACAGCUCGGCGCGCUACGGCAACUUCAGCUACAAGUUCGACGGUCUUGCUCCAGGAGACUACUAUCUGGAUCUGCAUUUCGCGGAGAUAGUGCACACUGACGGGCCAAAGGGGAUCAGAUCGUUUGAUGUGCUUGUGCAGGAAGACAAGAUUUUGUUGGAACUCGAUGUGUUCGCGGUGGUCGGAGGUAACAGGCCCCUGCAGGUGCUUGAUAUUAGGGCCACUGUUGAGAGCAGCGGUGCUAUUGUCAUCGAUUUCAGGGGAGUAAGAGGAAACCCCAUGGUUUGUGGCAUCUGUAUUCGGAGAGGCCCAGUAUUGCCAGCGGCAAAGGCUGGUACAGAUGGGAGUACCUUAUGCAGAAGAUGUUUAACUGAUGUAGAGGUUUCUUCACCUAUUCAGAAAAGGACAGCUAAAUUGAUCUCAAAAUAUGAGAAGCAGAUUGAGGAGCUAACCAGCCAAUGCAACAUGAAGUCUGACGAGUGCUCCAUGGCAUGGUCUUUAGUGGAAUCCACCAAUCAAGAGCUUGACAGACUUAAGAUAGAGCUUCACCAAAAGCUUGUGCAGAGUGAUACCUUUGAACAAGUCCUCGAUACACAAACUGACCAGCUAAGAAAGGUUUCUCAGAACUAUGAAAAUGACAAGAAACUCUGGGCUGCUGCCAUAUCUAACUUGGAAAGCAAAAUCAAGGCUAUGAAACAAGAGCAAGCAUUAUUAUCUCUUGAAGCACACGACUGUGCAGACUCGAUUCCUGAUUUGAGUAAGAUGAUUGCAGCUGUUCAAGCCUUAGUUGCACAAUGUGAGGAUCUGAAAAUAAAGUACAAUGAAGAGAUGGCCAAGAGAAAGAGACUUCAUAAUAUUGUCCAGGAAACAAAAGGAAAUAUCAGGGUUUUCUGUCGAUGCCGCCCCUUAAGCAAAGUUGAGACAUCAUCAGGAUAUAAAUGUGUGGUGGACUUUGAUGGAGCAAAUGAUGGUGACAUCGGGAUUAUGAAUGGAGCAAAAAAGACAUUCAAGUUUGACAGAGUCUACACACCAAAGGAUGAUCAAGCCGAGGUGUACGCUGAUGCUUCUCCUCUGGUCACGUCAGUGUUAGAUGGGUACAAUGUAUGCAUCUUUGCAUAUGGACAGACAGGGACUGGGAAAACCUUCACCAUGGAAGGGACUGAUAGGAACAGAGGAGUAAAUUACAGAACUUUGGAAGAGCUGUUCAAAAUCGCCGAGGAGAGAAAAGACUCUGUCACAUACAACAUAUCUGUUAGUGUGCUUGAGGUUUACAAUGAACAGAUUAGAGACUUGCUUGCAACAUCCCCUUCAUCCAAGAAAUUGGAGAUCAAGCAAGCAAGUGAAGGAUCCCAUCAUGUUCCUGGCAUAGUUGAGGCCAAAGUUGAGAAUAUAAGUGAGGUUUGGGAUGUCUUACAAACCGGAAGCAACUCUAGGGCUGUAGGGUCAAAUAAUGUGAAUGAACAUAGCAGUCGUUCACACUGCAUGCUUUGCAUCAUGGUGAGAGCAAAGAACCUGAUAAAUGGGGACUGCACAAGAAGUAAGCUCUGGCUAGUAGAUUUGGCCGGAAGUGAGCGGUUAGCCAAGACUGACGCCCAAGGUGACCGGCUUAAGGAAGCCCAAAAUAUUAACAGGUCGCUUUCUGCUUUGGGCGAUGUCAUUUCAGCUCUUGCUUCCAGAAGUAGCCACAUCCCUUACAGAAAUUCAAAGCUGACUCACUUGCUCCAAGAUUCCUUAGGAGGGGAUUCGAAAGCCCUAAUGUUUGUGCAGAUUAGCCCAUCUGACAAUGAUGUGUCUGAAACUUUGAGCUCAUUAAACUUUGCUAGCCGUGUUCGUGGCAUAGAAUUGGGCCCAGCAAAGAAGCAGAUUGACACGGCAGAACUUCAAAAGGUCAAGCAGAUGCUCGAAAAGUCUAAGCAGGAAGCCAGACUUAAGGAUGAUUCUCUGAAAAAGCUGGAGGAGAACUGCCAAAAUUUAGAGAACAAAGCCAAAGGAAAAGAGCAACUUUACAAAAGUUUGCAAGAAAAGAUAAAAGAUCUUGAAAGCCAGUUGGAUUCAAAGACGCAUUUUCAAAUUACUUCAGAGAAGCAGCAGUGUCAGCUUUCUGGAAAACUUAAGGAGAAAGAAGAAAUCUGUACUGCACUCCAGCAGAAGAUAGUGGAGUUGGAGCGCAAACUUGGACAGCAGCAACGAUCAGACUCCGAGUCCGCAGUUCUUAAGCAAACGGUAUGAAACUUGACUAUAAGUUUACUGCUAUAAUCAUCUAUCUAUUUGUAUUCGUUGAUCAAGAGACUUUUUCAGAUUGAGGAGCUGGAGCUCAAGCUGAAGGAACAGGAGCAACAAAGAGCAGUUGCAGAAUCGAAGGCGAGGGAAAUAGGCCAAGAGCUCUUGGAGGCACAGAAAACAGAAUCGAUGCUUCAGAGCAAGCUGCUAGAUGUAGAGAAGAACUUGCAGGAGAGGACAACACUUGAGGACGCAAGCAUGGUAGCACAGGAACCAGAACCAAAGCUUGAGAGCAAGCUGCUAGAUGUUGAGAAGAAGCCGCAAGAGGGGACGAAACUUGAGGACUCUGAAUUAAUGCCUGCUCCCUCCGUUUCCCUGCCAAGAGUCGUCCCUACCACCCCCGUGGAGGCAAAGGUGCCGGUGCUGCCUUCCCCAAGAGAGGAGGCGAUGAGCGAGAAGGCGGCACAUCAUCGCAUCCUGAGAAGCUCAGAUUCCGCCAACAAGCGAGUCCCCAGCUCCCUCUUCGCCGCCGCACCCACGGAGGCCGUAAACGAGAGGAAGAGGAAAGGGGACGCAAGGAACACGAUCGGCGGCGGCGAGGAACACGAGAACAACCACCCCGGUGCCGGCGGCCACACUGCGGCGAGGAAGAGGAACUACAGCCUGCAGGGCGGCGGCGAGGAGGUUGAGAACAGCCAUCCUGCUGCCAGGCAGAGGGGCGCGAGGAACCGGAGCCUGCAGGGCGAGGCGAGGUCCAAGAGGACGUCCACGGAGCCUCAGGCCAGGGUCCCGGUGAGGCCGUCGACGGCGGUGGGGUCGAGGGCGGCCAGCGCUGCUGCAAGCAAGACGGGUGCUGGGUCCAGGGUCACCAGGCCGCAGGCGCCGGCGGCUAGCAGCAACAAGACCAGAGGCUGGGUCAGGUAGUUCAGACUGAUGCUGUACGUUUUAGAUGGCAUUGUACUGAGUGCAGUAUGAUAGUAUGGCCUGUGUAACUUUUAGGUGCUGUUGUACUUGUUGGAAGGCUCAACUUUUAGCUGAGCCGUGCUUUGCUGCAAACAUCUUGUGCGGUGAAUCACACGUGGUUUGCAUUUGUAAUUGUAGGGAAUACAGUGUAACCUAUUGGUAGGAACUGCAGUGUUGGCUAUUUUAUUUCGUUCAGUACUA